AUGGUUCCAGUCGAAGAAACAAACAAACAAAAUUUCAUUAGACCACGUCAAGAUUGUCCUCAUGUUAUCAAACAUGAAAAUAUUUCUAAUACUUGGAAUGAUCCAGUUGAUGCUUCCAAACCUUGUGCUAAGUGUAAUGACACAAAAGAAUAUUGGCUUUGUUUGAAAUGCCAACAAGUAUUUUGUAGUAGUGCUCACAUGAGUGAACAUAAUCAAGAAACAUCUCAUCCAUUAGCCAUCUCUUUUAGUGAUAUGUCUGUAUGGUGUUAUGAAUGUGAUUAUUAUAUAGAUAGUCCAAAUCUCAAACAAAUCAUUACAGCAUGUUAUGUCUCUAAAUUUGGUGAAUUGCCACCAAAUUCUAGUGGUAUACAAAUCUUGUCUGAAAAAGUUGGCAAUGAUAGUGGUGCAACCUCUUCAUCUUAA